ACCCCCGAAUAAUCUGGCGAACGGACCCCACAAAAUGGGAAGUUUUUUGCUUGAAAUUCUUUGUGUUCUUGCAGCAGUGCAAGUUGUUAGAAGUCAUCCACCCCCAAGUGUUCAAGUUUUCUUCAAUUGGAAGACUUUUACCUUCGAUAGUCUUCCUCAUAGUCAAUUCUCGGAAGUUGUUCCUGGACAUAAAUACUACGACGGUAGCAGCAUCAUUCCAACGGCUAUUUCAUUCGAUAUCACCAGUCAGUGCUUCCUAUUUUCAAUUGCCCGAAGGGAGAUAGGAAUCCCAGCUACAGUUGCCUACAUCAAUGAGAAGAAAUAUGGCAACUUAAAGUCUCCACCAAUGCGUGGAUUCCCCACAUAUGAAGACAAUUACGUGCCAGGGUGGUUUGGGGUUAAUGACCUAGCGGAUGAUGACUACAAGCAUAACAUUUACCCAGAUUAUCACGCUGUAAGUAGGAAUCAGGAUCAAGACGAUCAAGGUGCCAGUGAACCAGUUUUAGGUGAAGAUAAUGAUCAAGAUUCAAGGAAGCAUCACAAUAGACCCAAUAAUCCCAGCUAUGGUCAGAACUACUAUCCCAACUAUCCUAGUUAUGGAAAUCAAGGAAAUUACGGAAGCCAAGGAAAUUAUGGAGGAAGCCAUGGGAGCCAAGGAAACUAUGGAGGAAGCCAAGGAAAUUAUGGAGGAAAUUACGGAGGUCAAGGAAAUUAUGGAGGCAGCCACGGAAGUCAGGGAAACUACGGAAGUCAGGGAAAUUAUGGAAAUCAGGGAAAUUAUGGAGGAAGCCACGAUAAUCAAGGGAACUAUGGAGGAAACUACGGGAAUCAAGGCAACUAUGGAGGAAGCCACGGAAGUCAGGGAAAUUACGGAAGUCAAGGAAAUUAUGGAGGGAGUCAUGGAAAUCAAGGAAAUUAUGGAAGUCAAGGAAAUUAUGGGGGAAGCCACGGUAAUCAGGGAAACUAUGGAGGAAGUCACGGAAGUCAAGGAAAUUAUGGGGGAGGCCACGAUAAUCAAGGAAACUAUGGAAAUCAAGGAAAUUAUGGAGGAAACUACGGAAGUCAGGGAAAUUAUGGAGGAAGUCACGGAAAUUAUGCUGUAAAGAGGAGUCUUGGUCAAGUGGAGGCUGCCAAUAAAUCAAUUGGAAUUGAAGAGGAUGAUGAAGAUACCAGGAAGCAUCACAAUAGGCCCAGUAAACCUAAUAAACCUAGCUAUGGUCAUGGGGAUCAACAGAAUUACUAUCCCAACUAUCCUAGUUACGGACCGAACUAUCCCAAUUACGGCAAUGACCACGGAAAUCAAGGAAAUUAUGGAGGAAGCCAUGGGAAUCAAGGCAACUACGGAGGAAGCCAUGGAAGUCAAGGAAACUACGGGAAUCAAGGAAACUAUGGAAGCCAAGGAAACUAUGGAAGCCAAGGAAACUAUGGAGGAAGCCAUGGAAGUCAGGGGAAUUAUGGAAGUCAAGGAAGCCACGGAAGCCAUGGAAGUCAUAACAAACAACCUGAAGUGGUCUACAUACCCAUUCCUGCUGCUCCGCAAAAGCCUCCACCGACUACGGAAAGACCUACAUACAAGCCAACGUACAAACCUACAUAUAAGCCUACAUAUAAACCAACUUACAAGCCGCCAUACCAACCGGAGUACGAAGAAGAGGAGGAAUAUGAGCCUGUCUAUAAGCCAUCUUACAAGCCAACUUAUAAACCAACCCCAGCUCCGACGACGCAGAAACCCACCUACAAACCCACCUAUCAGCCAUCAGUUCCUGCACGAAAAUCCUAUCAUUUUGUUUCAGUUCAAUACAACCUCCUUGAGACACAGUGCAGACGCUUCUUCUUCGUUGAUUCCGGAACUCUUGCCUAUCCGAAGAAGAACAUCUACAUCCGUCGUCCUGUUCUCUGGGCUUUCGAUAUUACGGGAUGUGAUGCAGCGAGCUUGAGUAAUCCACCUUGUCUCAAAGUCACCUUCCCAGAUCACAUUACAAACGAUCCAACGGGGAUCUAUGGGAUCGCAAUCGAUGUUUACGGGAGCUGCAAUGAAUUCGCCGUUUACAUUGCAAACUACCUUGAUAACAGCAUAACUGUGUAUGACAAUAAGAAGAAAUACUUCUGGUUCUUCCAAGAUUCCACAUUCAAUCCUGGCGCUGAGAUUCCCUAUUUGAACUGGAUUCCACCACAGGAUAACUUCAACUACGGCGUGAUGUCCUUAACACUGGGAAUUCAGGAGGAAAAUAGCUACAGAUAUGCUUACUACGCUCCUGGAUCAAGUUAUGGACUCUUCAAGGUUUCCACGGAGAUUCUCCGAAACAAAUAUCUAGCUCCUGGAAAUACUUCAUCUUCUGAAUUUUCCUAUGUUGGCUAUCGCGGGAAGAAUAGCAUGGCAAUCAUGACGUAUGAUGAAGUAACCCAGGUGGCUCUAUUUGUUUCCCUGCUCAACAAUAAACUAACCUGCUGGAAUACCAACCUACCCUGUACGGCAGACAAUGUAAUUACCUUGUAUGAAGAUCAAACGUACGGAAUGGACGUAUUUAUCGAUGCAAAGAGGAAUGUCUGGUUUAUGCUUUUAUGCGCUGAUGCUGAAACAAUAGGAGAUCGUUCACUUCUCACCAGCUACUACUACCGCCUCUACACCAUCCCUAUGGAUGUUCUUAUCGCUGGAACUGCGUGCGAUCCCAGCUAUCGAAAUUAAAUGAAUUUAUUAAAUGAAAAAACGUCCUACAAAGGACUUUAAAUUAUUACUUAACAGCCCUUUUUUAUAGAAAGAUUUGCUUGAAAUAAAGAUUUCUUUUGCUACAAAAAAA